CUUCCCUACAACCUUAUUGAGCCUGUAAGAGGAGACGUACAAGAUGAUGAAAGAUGAAUAGAUGGACACGUAGGGAACUUUCAUAUCUAGAAGGAAAAGGGACUGGAUUGCUAUCAAGAUUAGAGAUUAGAACUGACAAAUGAAAAGCUGGAAAAAUACAGGAUUUAUUUCUGUGUAUUUACAUAAAAAAGGAAAAAUCAGUAUGGUGCCCAAUAUAGGAUUUGCUCACAUGAGUUGCCUCACAGUGUUCUGCUCUGUUUUCUUUUUUACUUUUGUGAAUAAUCAGGGACUGGAAGGGACAUCAGCUGAAAAUUUAUCCUGUGUCAUUUACACAGUUCGUGUUACCUCAAUGGAUUGCACUUGGGAAGCUGGCAGGAAUAUUUCUAAAGACGUCCAGUAUUUUCUAUACUUGAUAUAUCACAAAAAUGAUGGAGAAGAGAUGGAGUGCCCUCAGUACAAAAGUAAUGAACUUGGAAGACAUGUUGGGUGCCAUUUUCCUAAUGUGAAAGUUCCUGAGAAUCAUAUUACCCUCAGAGUGAAUGGAUCAAGUGAAGAAUCACUGGUUCAGCCUUUGGAUCAGCAAUUCUGGCCUUUCGAUCAUGAAAAACUUGCUCCACCACAAAAUAUCACUUGGAAUUGUCAUGAACAGCCGUGGGGGUGCAAAGUACAAUGGAAACCCCCUCCAUGUGCCUUGAAAGAUAAUUCAGACUACUGCUUUAAGUAUGAAAUAAGGGAUGAAAUCAGAGGCCAAAUUUCAACAUUACAACAAACCCACCAAAAUUACACGAUACGUGGGAAAUACUCAUUGAGGCUUCGUGCAGCUGGACAGUAUUGUCCUAUUGGAACACAGUGGAGUGACUGGAGUAAACCAAUUGUGUUUGGUGCUGACCCCAACCCAUUUCCUACAGUAUUAUUAAUACUGGUAGUUCUUGGGACCGUCAUAACAAUCUUGCUCCUGAUUUUGAUCUGGAAAAGAUUCCACAUAUGGAGAUGCCUAACUUUUCCAGUUCCACAACCAAAAGAUGUUCUUUGGCAAUAUGAGAAUGUGAAAACAUGGGUGGACCCGACACCAGCAGCAGAUGAAAAAAUAACAGUGGUUGAAGAAAUGAACUGUGAAUUGCAAAAACAAUGACAGAUUUCCACCAGCCAGCUGCUACCCCAAAUAAAUUAGGGAAAUGCUAUUAUUUUGGUGCUUCCUUUUCUCAGCUGCAAAUGCAUGUACAGUAUACAAGUACAAAAGCUGCUACUCAAGCACACUGGAAGACAAUGCCAGGGAUAGGUUUCCUUUGCAAGUAACAGUUAGAGAAAGAAGCUUGUGUGUAGAUACUGUGUAUAUAUGUAUAUGUAUGUGUGUGUGUGUAUCCAACUGUAGGGAUCAACACACAGCCAACACAGAGAUCAAGUCAGGUGUGUCAUUUUGCUUUGCUACACAAGGAAGUGGCAAUGAUGACAGCAAGGUGUAUGCAGCUGAAAUAUCUACACAAAAUUUCUGUCCCCUAAAAUAUAUAGGGUUAGAUUGGGUGCACUAAAUUCAAAAGGGUUGGGGGACUUAACUGUUUGGGAAUCACUAAAGGACAGGGGCUAAUGUAAUGUUUGUAGUCUGCCAUGCUUCAUAGAUCUCAACAUUUUCUUAAGAUGCCCACUGCUCCAAUAAAUGAGCCUUUUUGGUCAACAAGGCUUUUUGACAAGCCUGUUAAGACAGUCUGUUGAUUAGCUGCAUCUUACAUUUUGCUGGUUUUUAUUGCUAGCCAAGCCUUAAGUGAUUAUUGUGAUACUUCCGCAUUCAUGUAUGUUUUAUGUAUGUUUUAUGUAUGUUUUAAGUUUUAGUGUAUUGAUGUUUUGUGCUCUGCACUGAGAUUUUACAAGUAUCGUUAGCAUUUUUAGCUCUUCAUUCCUUUUGCUAGAGUUAAUAAAGGUUUAUAAAAACCAUUUCUAAGGUACUGUGUAAUCCUAAGCAUUACCAGAAUAGUUGCAUCAGAGCUAGUUAUGCUGCAAAAUAUUCCUGUUUCAGGGGGUUAGAAUAGAUGACUCUUGAGGUACCUUCCAACUCUACAA